GCAAAAUACUAUUAUAUGCUAUAAAAACGUUACUUUAGUGUUGUUUCAGAGUGUGCAAAAUAAUUGUUGUGUGGCGAAAUAUGCUAUGGCCGUUUACUGAUGAAAGGAAAGGAAGACAUUGCGGUCAGGCCUGAUGGAAUAUAGUUCCUGUAUCUAAAUCAUUUUCAAGAUAUAGUCUCGAUUUCAUUUCAUAGCAAAACAUGAACUCUGGUUCAACUACAAGUGUUGAGUGUGAUGUCGAUAAAACAUAUUAUCCUCAUAUAUUUUUACUACCUGCUGGAAUCAUUAUUACGAUACUGGCAUUUUUACGACGAAGAACAAGCUUCAAGAAGGAUCUUUGGGGAGGUCGCCCAGGCGUUGUUGUGCCUGUAGAUUUCCUUGGCAUUGAUCGUGACCGUCUUUCUACGAUGUUUGUAUUCGGAGCAGCCACUGGAUCAAUCGUCAUUUUAGUCGCAAAGCUCGGGAUUGAAGGCAGAAAUGCUUGGGAAAACGCAUUUCUUACCGUUGGGAUUGCGAUUGAAUGUGCUUUUAUUUAUUAUCCCUAUUUUGCCUGUUUGACCACGCAUCACAAAAUUAUCGGAGCACUGAUGGGGCUUCCGUAUGCAGCAAUCUUUUUCGGUGUGUCCCUGACGGCUUAUUAUCAAAGAUGUAAUAAAGCGACGUGGCAAGUUAACAUAGGCAAAACAUUGUCUUCAAUACCAGUAAUAUUAUGUCAGUUAUUCAUUCUGGGGAAAUUCAUAUUUGUUCUUCGUAACGAGAUUCAAGAGUGUGGACUCUUCAGUGUGGUGUCAUUUUCCCGGAACGAAACAGAUACUUCGUCGGCGCCUGUGAAAUUAGUUAGGCCUUGGUACAGAAAUUACGUAAAGGACCUUAUCAAGCGAAGACGUCCUCAUCAGUAUCCAUGUGCAGAACUAGAAUUCUACCUGAGAAAAAUAUACAACCCACAAAAAGAUUUCAAGUUUUCUACUCAAAUUCUCUCCGUGGUCAUGAUCUGUUGCAUUCUACUUUACGAAUUAUCCGUUGUAAUUUUGUUUGUAUUUGGUUACGAACUGGGAAAACUUAUGAAAGCACCAGAUUCUGAAAACUCGAGCUACGAGAAUAUGAAUAAAAUAAUGCUUGCUGCUUGCGGUUCAUCAUUAGCUGGCUCAGUCCUCGCCACCACAGUGUCCAUCAUCUCUCUCAUCCGUUUUCUGGAAAAUCAUAAAAAUAACAUGUUAAGAAUGUUCAAAGGGGACAAAUCGUUCUUUCCAAGCAAUAUAUUCAAAUCUCAGUUCAUGCUGGGAAAGGGACUUCGAUACCACAGUUUUCAGAUUGGAUAUUUUUUGUGGGGCUAUGUGCUUCUGUGGAUUAUAUCGUCUGUUAUCUGUUUUUUUCUGCUCGCCUUGUCACACCCUUUCGUUCGAGGUUGGGUUUUGGGGUGGAUUAGUGGUACAGGCGUUCUGUUGUGCGUGGCUUUUCUGCUUAGAGUAUUUUUACUCAUUGCUUCCGUGACAGUGUUCCGUGACCGUGACUUCCCCAGGAAUGUAAUAUCAAUAAACAAUAGGAACGUUUUCUUAGUGUUUUCGUAUUUCUGGUUUUUUGUGGGACUUCCUAUGGGUUUCUUCUCCGCCAUAUUUCGUAUCCUGAAGGCAAUGGCAAUCGGAGCUCUCAUGCUGCCCAGAAUUGACCAAAGCAUUAUGCCUGAUGGUUUCCAAAAAUGGGAUCCAGGUUUCAUUUCGUAUAUUUGUUAUCUCCACGUCCAAGCGGCGUUUAGGAACCCCGUUCUUCGUGUUUUCUGUCAAACACUGAUCGAUGAAAAAGACACACAGAACAAAAACGGACCAAAAUGGAGGCGCUCGGCCCAGGCCCGCGCCAAAUGGUUCAUUGCGUUAACCCUCGCACAUAACCCUCAACUAGCCUCAGAACGUAAAUGUCUUAAAUCAGUCGCACCGCCGCAAGUGUCGUACGUCAAAAAUGGCGACGUCAAAAUCGAAAUUGAUCAAUAUGGACCAGAUAAUGCUGGUUUAAUACUAGAAAAUUAA